AGGAGAAAAAGUAAGGCAACUGUCGAACUAGAAAAGUGGGUUACGCAGGCAGGCAGAUCCGCUCUGCUACGACUGAGCCGCUCACAAAUGAGCCGUUUCUGAUUCCGGUGUCGCGGUUGAUAUUUGUUUUGCACAUAACACUGCGCUGAAUGAAGUGUUAGUUCGUCUACAGAGGCACGAUGACGGUGUUUUUGCGAGUCCGUUUGGCGGUGAUGAUGUCCGCGUUUCUGUGCGGAGUCCCGCUGCUCUUCGUCCAGGAUGCUGCUGCUUUCUAUCUUCCGGGUUUGGCUCCGGUCAGCUUCUGUGAGAAAGCUCAAGAGGGAAAAGACGUUCAGAGGGAAUGCCAGGACAAAAUCGAGCUCUUUGUGAACAGACUGGAUUCGGUGGAGUCGGUUUUGCCGUAUGAAUACAGAGCGUUUGACUUCUGUACUGUGGAGGCUGAGAAGCGGCCGUCGGAAAACUUAGGCCAGGUGCUUUUCGGAGAGAGAAUUGAGCCAUCACCUUACAAGUUUUCCUUCAAGCAAAAAGAGUCGUGUAAGCAUGUGUGCACCAAAAAGUACAGCACCGGUAAAGCAGAGGACAAAGCUAACCUGGAUUUCCUCAAGAAAGGCAUGCUCCUUAACUACCAGCAUCACUGGAUUGUGGAUAACAUGCCCGUGACCUGGUGCUACGACGUGGAAGACAAUCAGAAAUUCUGUAAUCCCGGCUUCCCCAUCGGAUGCUACGUCACGGAAACCGGCUUGGCCAAAGACGCGUGCGUCGUCAACGCGGAGUUCAACGACAAAGACACCUUCUACAUCUUCAACCACGUGGACAUCACUAUCUUUUACCACAAUGUCGAGAACGAGGCCCCUGACUCCAGACUCGUCGCUGCCAAGAUGGAGCCGAAAAGCUAUAAACAGUCCAAUCCGGAUACUCCAGACUGCACAGGGCCGCCCAUGAGCCUCAGCAACAAGUUCAGUGGAGAUAUCAGCAUCCCCUACACCUACAGUAUACAGUUCAAGGAGGAGCCGAACAUCCGAUGGGCCUCUCGCUGGGAUUAUAUUCUGGAGUCCAUGCCUCACACCAACAUCCAGUGGUUUAGGCUGUUUUGUUUUUCCUCUCGUUCUCGUGUGUUCGGCUGCAGUAUAAUGAACUCCCUGGUCAUCGUGCUCUUCCUGUCCGGUAUGGUGGCUAUGAUCAUGCUGCGCACGCUGCACAAAGACAUUGCCCGCUAUAACCAGAUGGACUCCGUGGAGGAUGCCCAGGAGGAGUUUGGCUGGAAGCUGGUGCACGGCGACGUGUUCCGGCCACCACGUAAAGGAAUGCUGCUCUCCGUCUUCCUCGGGUCGGGCACGCAGAUCUUUAUCAUGACUUUCGUCACUCUCUUUUUCGCGUGUCUGGGCUUCCUGUCCCCGGCUAACCGCGGUGCUCUGAUGACGUGCGCGGUGGUGCUGUGGGUGCUGCUGGGAACCCCGGCUGGCUACAUCGCAGCCCGAUUGUACAAAUCGUUCGGAGGAGAGAAGUGGAAAACCAACGUCCUGUUGACUGCAUUCCUCUGCCCCGGUGUGGUGUUUGCUGAUUUCUUCCUGAUGAAUCUGAUCCUGUGGGGUGAGGGCUCGUCAGCCGCCAUGCCCUUCGGCACGCUGGUGGCCAUCUUGGCUCUGUGGUUCUGCAUCUCCGUCCCUCUCACCUUCGUCGGAGCUUACUUUGGCUUUAAGAAAGCUGGCAUCGAACACCCCGUGCGCACCAAUCAGAUCCCUCGGCAGAUUCCCGAACAGUCUUUUUACACCAAACCCCUCCCAGGCAUCGUGAUGGGUGGGAUCCUGCCCUUUGGAUGCAUCUUCAUCCAGCUGUUCUUCAUCCUCAACAGCAUCUGGUCCCAUCAAAUGUAUUACAUGUUCGGCUUCCUCUUCCUCGUCUUCAUCAUCCUGGUGAUCACUUGCUCUGAGGCCACCAUCCUGCUCUGUUACUUCCACCUGUGUGCUGAGGACUACCACUGGCAAUGGCGCUCCUUCCUUACCAGCGGUUUCACGGCGGUGUAUUUCCUCGUGUACGCCGUGCAUUACUUCUUCUCCAAGCUGCAGAUCACCGGCCUAGCCAGCACCAUCCUUUACUUCGGCUACACCAUGAUCAUGGCCUUGAUCUUCUUCCUCUUCACAGGAACAAUUGGAUUCUUUGCCUGUUUCUGGUUCGUGACGAAAAUCUACAGCGUGGUGAAAGUGGACUAAAUUCGACCAAUCAGAGCCUGGACUGAACUCUCCUCUGCUAAAUGGGAUGUCUUUUUGGGGAGGUGGGGGGGGGGGUGUAUUAGAGCACUGUCAAAGACGCCCUGUUGUCCCAGCUAACUAACAACUAAAUAGAUUCUACAGAUCUUAAGCUUCCAUUGGAGUGUAUGUGUGGGGGGAGGGGGGGGGAGAAGUGAUUUUUUUUUGUGUGUGUGUGUUAUUUCACACCUGCUUAUAAAAGAGCACUCGUAUAAAUAGCAACAUGCUGCAGCCCAGAACACACAACACACACAACUGCGUUUUCCUCAAUUUCAAAUCGACACUUGUAAAUAUCCCGAUUUCCUUUUCCGCUAAUAAAAGUGCAUCAGGUACAGGUGUAGGUAGCCGGCAUAUGUUGCGGUGUUAGAAGUAUGACUUUGUAAAUAUAUUUGUUUUGGUUUAUUUUCCUUAAAUGCUGAAACAUGUCCAAAAAAAAACGAAUGCAGUGAAAGAGCUGCAGCUUUUUUUUUUUUUAGUUGUUUGGUGGGAGGGGGGUGGUUUUCUCUGAAUUAGGUUUUUUUUUUGUGUGUGUGUGUGUGUGUGUUUGUGUGUGUGCUAUCAACCCGCUGGCUUUCCUAGCUUUUAUUUAUCCAUCAUUAUUUUUAAUUCGUCUUACUGUCUUACUAUUGAUUCACACCUCGGUACUUUCAUUGUGCCUCACCCUUAAGAGGGAAGAAUAAAGAAGUGCUUCACCUCAAAGCACCAACACUGCUA